UAAAGCAAAAAGAUAUUUAGAAAAUAAUAAUAUAAUCUGCGUCCUCCCUCGAUUCUCACAACUCUCAACGUCCUUCUCCCCCUCCGUGCUCACUCCGUUUGUCAGUCGUCUGUUUCCCUCUCUACGCGCCGGCUGUUCUCUCUGCCCGCCGCUCCGUUCGCCUUAAACUGCCCAGUUCCGUUCGCCUCCCUGCACGCUGUUGUAUUUCCGUUCGCACACUGAUUUUAAAGUGUUUUAGCAAAGAACAUGACUUCAAAAAGGGAAAGGGUAGAGAAGGAAGGUCUCGAUUCUGAAUCGAAAAGGCAAAGAGUGGAUGAGGAGUCUUCCCCCUCUCCUCCUCCUGUCAACAUUGCAAAUCCUCUUUCUGGAUUGGCCAAUAAUUAUGCUGAUGUUGAUGAGGAGGAAGAUUAUUACCGAAGCGACAUUAGGAAUGAUAAGCCUAAGCAUAAUGGGCAUAAAUAUGACGCGGAUGAUGAUAGUGAUGAAGAAGAUGAUUCACAGGAACAACUAUUUGGGGGAAGAAAUAGUCGCCAGGUGGAGGUUCGGAAGGAUUGUCCAUAUCUUGAUACUGUUAAUAGACAGGUUUUGGAUUUCGACUUUGAGAAGUUCUGUUCUGUCUCUUUGUCAAAUUUAAAUGUGUAUGCAUGUUUGGUUUGUGGUAAGUAUUACCAAGGGAGGGGGAAGAGGUCUCAUGCGUAUACGCAUAGUUUGGAAGCUGGCCACCAUGUUUAUAUCAAUCUCCGGACUGAAAAAGUCUACUGUCUUCCCGAUAGCUAUGAAAUUAAUGAUCCUUCAUUGGAUGACAUUCGGCAUGUCUUGAACCCAAGGUUUACUGCGAAGGAUGUGGAACAACUUGACAAAAAUAAGCAGUGGUCUAGGGCACUUGAUGGUUCUAGUUAUCUUCCUGGAAUGGUGGGACUUAAUAAUAUUAAGGAGACUGAUUUUGUGAAUGUAACAAUUCAAUCCUUAAUGAGAGUUACCCCCUUGAGGAAUUUUUUUCUUAUCCCUGAAAACUAUCAACACUGCAAAUCUCCACUUGUUCAUCGAUUUGGUGAACUCACUAGGAAGAUCUGGCAUGCAAGGAACUUUAAAGGACAGGUCAGCCCCCAUGAGUUUCUCCAAGCAGUGAUGAAAGCUAGUAAAAAACGGUUUCGGAUAGGUGCGCAGUCUGACCCAGUUGAGUUCAUUUCGUGGCUUCUUAAUACGCUGCAUGCUGAUCUUAAAACUUCCAAGAAGAAUAUGAGCAUAAUUUAUGAAUGUUUUCAGGGUGAACUUGAGGUUGUAAAAGAGAUUCCUAACAAAAGGAUCACUGAAAAGAAAGAAAAUAUUGAGGACCAAAACAACAAUGAGAAACUUUUGGAUGGGGGAACUGGGCGAUAUGCAUCUGUCAAAGAAACUUCGAAAAUGCCAUUUCUAAUGUUAGGGUUGGACUUGCCCCCGCCACCUCUUUUCAAGGAUGUGAUGGAGAAAAAUAUAAUACCCCAGGUUCCACUCUUUAACAUACUAAAAAAGUUUGACGGCGAGACUAUUACAGAGGUGGUCCGUCCUCAUAUAGCAAGGAUGCAGUAUCGUGUUACCAGAUUGCCUAAGUAUAUGAUUCUUCACAUGCGGCGAUUUACUAAGAACAAUUUUUGUGUGGAAAAGAAUCCUACUUUAGUCAACUUUCCUGUGAAGAACCUGGAGUUGAAGGAUUACAUUCCCUUACCAACACCAAAAGAAAAUGAGAAAUUGCGCACUAAAUAUGAUUUGAUUGCAAAUAUUGUUCAUGAUGGAAAACCUGGUGAAGGGUCCUAUAGGGCGUUUGUGCAACGAAAAUCAGAAGAACUAUGGUAUGAGAUGCAGGAUUUGCACGUUUCAGAAACACUUCCUCAUUUGGUUGCGCUUUCAGAAACUUACAUGCAAAUAUACGAGCAGCAGCAGUGAAAGACCAAGUUCAAAUCCUUUUCUCGGAUCACUUUAACCUGAAAGCAAGUGUUGGGUAGGAUUUAGAUUAUGAGACAUGAAAUUUGGUUAACAGGCAGUGGGGUAGAUGCUUUUGGGGAAAUAUAAUGUGCGAUUAUUGAAUCUGAGUGACUCAUAAUAUUCAGACAUAUUGCAUAGCCUUGAGGGACUCGGUUGAUAUAUCUUUUUUUUUUGUACUUGAUCUGGUAGUUCGCUUGAGUAACUCAUGGAAUGUGAGGUGUCCACUAAGCUAAUCCAGAUUACAUUGCAUUGCUUAACAUUUUCCAUUCUCAUUGAUGAGGCGGCAUAGAAUAUACUGAUGAGGUUAAGAUACAUUUGGUCUUUGAAUCUUCAAAUUGCAUGAUGCAUAAUGUUUCUUUCAACAAUGUAUUAUUUAAUUACAUAUUUUUGGUUCACGCUGUAAAACUGCAUACAAAAGUUGAUGUUAUUGUGCUAGUGGAUUAUCAUAAAUUUAACUUAAUGCAAUAAUAGCAAUCCUUAUAUUUA